UCUAUCCCGGUUUCAGAUGAAGCGAUUUACCAGCCUAGCGCCGAACGCAAAUCUAAAUCCGCUGUUGGUGCCGGAAAACGUGUUAACCGAUCUGUACAAUUAUCAUCUGCUACAUCUUUAGCUUGUCUUGACAGAACGGCUGAAAGUUUACGGUAUCAUCAUAUUGCACCUUCUUCUAGAAAAACUUAUCGAAGUGGCAUAAAUAAAUUUUCUGAGUUUUGCCAGUUGUUUCGGUUAUCUCCGUUGAACAUUACAGAGGACGUAGUAGUACGGUAUAUUGCAUUCCUUUUUAACUGUGGUAUUUCUUAUUCGUCAGUUAAAGUUUAUUUAUCCGCGCUUUACAAUUCACUCAAAGAAAACGGUUCAUCUUUCGACUUUAGUGCACCAAAUAUUCCACAAUGCCUCACCGGUUUUAAGCGUUUGCGAGGCACUGCUGCUGAUAGCAGAUUGCCAAUUACCAUCGAUAACAUGCGCAUCAUCAAGCUUAAUAUUGAUCGCUCAGCUGUUUUAUCAUCAUUCGAAAAACAAUUAUACUGGUGCAUGUAUACCUUGUGUUUUUUCGGAUUCUUACGCAUUGGUGAGGUCGUACCGUCACUUGGUGGUCAUUCUCUGCGUUUAGCGGAUAUAUCAUAUCAGAAUUCGAAGCUCAUUAUUAACCUUCGUUCAUCUAAAUCUGACCAGUUUCGGGACGGAUGUCGGAUAUAUUUGUCGGCAACUGAUCGGUCAGUCUGUCCUGUACGGGCGAUGCGAAAAUACUUAGCACUGCGGAGAAGUCUAAGAAUUUCGCACACAGCCCUGUUUGUCACCUCCGACGGUUCACCUGUUACGAGAUCUGCUUUCGCUCGCGUAUUAAUUUUAGCAACGCACGGAAUUCCCAACAGUCACCUUUAUACUCCGCACAGUUUCAGAAUAGGAGCUGCCUCUUGCGCUGCAGCCAAUGGCGCGCCAUUCCAAGAUAUUAAACAUGCCGGGCGCUGGAGAUCUGAUGCCUAUACGACAUACAUCAGGAAGGACGUGCCGUUGGCCGGUAUACCGCUAUACCCACAAGCUUAAUUUGGGGCCGUUGUUUGGGGAGGUUCGGCUUGCAAGGGAUCGGUCUGACAGCCAGCACCCGCACACCUGAUCGUGGGCAUUCGGGGCUGCUGUACAGAUAGGUUGAGCGCACGGGAUGUGCCUCAAUCACCGCUUCCCGCACAACCGGCAUCUCAAAACGCCCAAACAUGUCUCCGUCGCCGCCUUCGUACAAUGAGCGAAAGAAAAUUAAUGUACAAUUAAAUGUGGCAUUUAAUUAUGGUUAAUUUACUUGAGCGGAAGUGACUCUUUUGUAUUCUACUGGCGCUCAUUGCUUAGCAACAGUCUUGUGGUGGGUUGUACUCCAGAAUCGUGCUUACAGAUUACUAAGUUAUUCGAAGUCUCGGAACAGUUGCGGCUGCAUCCUGAAUUUAUGUAGUUCUGGUUUGCAUGGUUUUUUCUCCCGUUCCGCCCGCCCUAUGCGCGGAGGCUUUGUCAUGCUAGCAUCCCAUGUGCAGUUUUGUUCAUAAUAAAGGGGAGGUUCGGCUUGCAAGGGAUCGGUCUGACAGCCAGCACCCGCACACCUGAUCGUGGGCAUUCGGGGCUGCUGUACAGAUAGGUUGAGCGCACGGGAUGUGCCUCAAUCACCGCUUCCCGCACAACCGGCAUCUCAAAACGCCCAAACAUGUCUCCG